GAGAGCCUGUGUUUCCCCGUCACAGAGAACUGAACAGUGGGGAAGCUCAGGCUCGGGAUCCGCUACGUCAAACAGAUUAGUCAAAUAACCUCUCGGAGUAGGACAGACCUCCUCCUUGCUCGGAUGGACGCAUGGGCUGAGGAGGCGCACAGUCUGCACUGACAGAUACACAGGAAGCCCUUGGCCAAAAACACAAGUGCAAUACUUUUCUUUCUUUCUUUCCUUUCUUUUUUUUUUAAUUCACGGGGGGGCUGGGUUCAGACGGCUGGUGCUGAGCUCCGUGAGGCGUCUUCUUCUCAUCUCCCCCACCCCGGCGAGAAAUGGCGAAAGAAAACGGCGAGUCCGGCGACGGAUCAUGGAAAAAGCAUGUCGAUGAUAUCAAGAAAAUAUUUGACUUCAAGGAAGUCCUUGGGACUGGUGCAUUUUCUGAAGUGGUGAUGGCUCGAGAGAAGGCCACGGGAAAGAUGGUCGCAAUCAAGUGCAUCCCGAAAAAGGCGCUGAAGGGGAAGGAAACCAGCAUUGAAAACGAAAUUGCUGUGCUUAGAAAGAUAAAGCAUGAAAAUAUUGUGGCACUAGAGGACAUCUAUGAGAGCUCCAACCACCUGUACCUCAUAAUGCAGCUUGUGUCUGGAGGUGAACUCUUUGACCGCAUCGUAGAGAAGGGCUUCUACACAGAGAUGGACGCCAGCCGACUCAUCCGGCAAGUCCUGGAUGCAGUCAACUAUCUCCACUCGAUGGGCAUAGUACACAGAGACCUGAAGCCAGAGAAUCUGCUUUACUUCAGCCCACAUGAUGAGUCAAAGAUCAUGAUCAGCGACUUCGGCCUGUCGAAGAUGGAGGGAACGGGUGACGUGAUGGCCACUGCCUGUGGGACACCAGGUUACGUGGCUCCUGAGGUUUUAGCUCAGAAGCCCUACAGUAAAGCUGUGGACUGCUGGUCCAUUGGAGUCAUCGCUUAUAUUCUGCUCUGUGGUUACCCUCCUUUCUACGAUGAGAAUGACUCGAAGCUGUUUGAGCAGAUUCUCAAGGCAGACUACGAGUUUGAUGCACCAUACUGGGAUGACAUAUCAGACUCUGCCAAAGACUUCAUCAGCUGUCUAAUGGAGAAGGACCCAGAGAAGAGAUUCACAUGUGACCAGGCUCUUGAGCACCCCUGGAUUGCUGGAGACACAGCUCUGUGCAAGAACAUACAUGAAUCCGUCAGCCGACAGAUGAGGAAAAACUUUGCCAAAAGCAAAUGGAGGCAAGCCUUUAACGCCACAGCUGUGAUCCGCCACAUGAGGCGUCUGCAGCUUGGCACCAGCUUCGCUGGCAGCCUCCACAACUCCAACUCCCUGUCUGGCCCUCAGACCCGAGCUCCGGCCAAGAGCCAGUCUGUGGACUGCACCCCACUCUCCCUGAAGGACUGUCCUCCAAUUGCUCCUUUACCUCCUGCUGUUACUAAAGUGCACAAUCAGGAUUCUGAGUCUCCUUCCUCCGUUCGAGAGGAGCCAUCUGUGGUGGCAGAGCCUUCGCGACAGCAACCCUCCACUGUCACCGUCAUCCACACUGGGACUAAAUGACGCCAGGUUCCGCGGGAGGUAAGCUGGGAGACGACAGAGCUUUGAACUGGGACAAACACCAUCCCAGGUCUCAUGGUUCGACGUCAUCACCCAGUUUGAUCAUCCCGCCGCCUCCCAUCUCUUCUCUGCAACCUUGGGAGGAAUUUAUGGAGCAUUGAUUCAGCUCCAUUCACCCUGUCUCAGUGCACCAGUGCUUCCCUUUUCACUGUCAUCCAGACAUGGAAGUACAGAAGCGGGGAGGCUCCAAGUCUCACACCAAAAAGUUAUUGUUGAGGGGAAAAAAAGCAGCUGGUCUGGGAAGUGCCACACUAAAGGAACUCUGUACUGAAGCUGCUGUGUUUUGACUACAAGCGUCUUGAGAUGAGGUGCUCCACUGUAUGCCUUGUGUAAAUAUUCUGCCUGAAACUGUCGAGUGGAGUAAUGUUAUGCAAGUGAAACAUAAGCUUCAAGCAGUGGUAAAUAAUCAUGACAUCAUCUGCACUCUGAACCUCACAUCGUUUUGACAGCUCUCGUAAACUUGUUGUGAUAUUUGCCACACAGGGUCAAGACUCCCAACAGUAUGACAGUAUGUGUUAUUCUUUGCUUUAAGGUGUCUGGACAUGAAAUAUGAGCAGGAUAUGUGGGUGUGAUCACUGAGAGGGCCGGUGCAUUGCACUAAUGUAUUGGAUAAUUUAUUUUCUUACAAUAUAUUACAACUUUUCUAAGGAUAUCCCUUGGAAAAUAUGUAAAUGUGUAUUAGACUGGAUGCUGAAUGAUAAAAGACACAGUAUCUAAUAUUCUUUAAUUUCUGAUUUAUUUCAUUAAUUAAUAUUCAUUAAUUUUGACGUGACUGUGAAGUUCUCCUCGACCACAGGAGGGCAAUCACGUGUUGUCACUUUAUGACCAUUUCUCAGGGAUGUGCUUUAAUGUGAAACUAACCAAACCCCUUUCAGAGUGAUCAGAUGGAUGCUGGUGAUGGUGAUUGUGAAAAAGAAAAGGAAUACCUUUUAAAUACAGCACAUUCUGUUCUGUGCCAUUGGUGGAAAUUGUAUUGAAUGGGUUGUUUUCCUUUUUAAAUUGUGGAUUUUAUGGAUUAUGGACAUGAAGAAAAUGUUUAUGAGUGACUUGUCUGUGCAAAAACAAAACAAAAAAAACAUAAAAAACAUAAAAAUGCCUAAAUGACAGAUAAAUUAAUGCAAAUGUAUCUUGAUUCCAAUGGCUCCCAUUUGCAGGCUGAUUCAAAAUCACUAGUGUACAGUUUAGUGGUUGAAAUCUCAUCCUCUGCUUCUGCUCAUGAAGUGGCUGGUCUUAAAAACUGCUCACUCACUCUGUGUUUAAUCACUGUGCUUUCAUACCGGCCUGUUGAAUUUAGCAAAAAGUCUUUCUCUCUCUCCCUCUCUCACACAGGGAUGGAGAUCUGUCUUGUAUUUUCUCUGUGGUAGCUCUGUUUAAUUUUUCAUUUUAAAACAUUCAACGAGAAUGCGUCCGACACAGUGCUAUCUGCAAUUUUCCAAAAUAUUGCGGCAAGCCUCUUUUUACUGUAAAUACAAAUCUCAACCACUCA